CCAGGUUCGCAGAAUUUAUAUUCGCGCGACAUCCUGCAACCUUCAUUUUCCUCGACUCUCAUCGUAGAGCUUGGAUUCCCUCUCCACUCCAUUCUUUUCGCUUUGGAGUCAUCUUUGAUCAAACGGACAAGAUGUCGAACAAGCAGGAGACCAAGAUCCUGGGCAUGCCGCCCUUCGUGGUCGACUUCCUGAUGGGUGGUGUCUCCGCCGCCGUCUCGAAGACCGCCGCUGCCCCUAUUGAGCGUAUCAAGCUCCUCGUCCAGAACCAGGAUGAGAUGAUCAAGGCUGGCCGCCUCGACCGCCGCUACAAUGGCAUCAUCGACUGCUUCCGCCGCACCACCGCCGAUGAGGGUCUCAUGGCUCUGUGGCGUGGCAACACUGCCAACGUCAUCCGUUACUUCCCUACCCAGGCUCUGAACUUCGCCUUCCGUGACAAGUUCAAGGCCAUGUUCGGCUACAAGAAGGACAAGGAUGGCUACGCCAAGUGGAUGGCUGGUAACCUGGCCUCCGGUGGUGCUGCCGGUGCCACCUCCCUCCUCUUCGUCUACUCGCUCGACUAUGCCCGUACCCGUCUUGCGAACGACGCCAAGUCCGCCAAGGGUGGUGGUGCCCGCCAGUUCAACGGUCUUAUCGACGUCUACCGCAAGACCCUGGCCAGCGACGGUAUUGCCGGUCUGUACCGUGGCUUCGGUCCCUCCGUCGCCGGUAUCGUCGUCUACCGUGGUCUGUACUUCGGCAUGUACGACUCCAUCAAGCCCGUCGUCCUUGUCGGCCCUCUCGCCAACAACUUCCUCGCCUCCUUCCUGCUCGGCUGGUGCGUCACCACUGGUGCCGGUAUCGCCUCGUACCCUCUUGAUACCGUCCGUCGUCGCAUGAUGAUGACCUCUGGUGAGGCCGUCAAGUACAAGAGCUCGAUCGAUGCUUUCCGUCAGAUCAUCGCCAAGGAGGGUGUCAAGUCUCUCUUCAAGGGCGCUGGUGCCAACAUCCUCCGUGGUGUCGCUGGUGCUGGUGUGCUCUCUAUCUAUGACCAGCUCCAGAUCCUCCUCUUCGGCAAGGCCUUCAAGGGCGGCUCUGGCUAAAUUGCCCUAACCACUGUACAACAUUCUAGUCGAUGGAGACAGUUUGGGGCUCAUCCAGAUCGGAGCAGCUGGCUCGGCUGGAGGGGACGUGGGGACGUGGGCUGCGUUGAGCUGGGGGCCCGGGAUCCUUCGUGGCAGGCAGCACAUGCUUCUCGACGAUGGGUAUGCGGGGCGCAAAAACUGGGCAUAUCUGGCGUUACUGGGACGCGGAUGGGCCGGUCACCCGCUGUAAUUUAUACUCUUUGAGCCGUUCCCGGUGUAUUCUUGACUACCGUCGUGCGUGGGGUUGCUGUUUGCUUCGCGUGGGUGUUUCCUUUUGUUGCAUGCGACUCAUAGAUCCCAUAGUUCUGGCCAAUUGGACGGUGAUUUCCCAAUACUAUACCACAUGGUGUCAAUUGAUCUUGAUGGUAAACUGAUACCAGUGAUUAUCGCAAUUACGCGGGACCGCGACGUAUGUGUUACGUAAUUCAAUCAACCCGCGUCGCGUCUGCGAAGGAUGUGCGCACCCGACUUACCACAAAGGUAUCUUAGAGCGGGUUAGCUCCGUUUCAAUUGUUAGAGGCAACUGUUGCACAGCGAAUAUACCUCACCCUUUACCUGGACACAUCACUCAACCUGAAAUGCCACCUCGGGCAUCAGCGACCCGAUCCGCCACUGGUGGCCGCGGGAGAGGCACAACGGGCGCAAGUCGGGGAGCCAUUGCAGCAGCCGCUUCGGGGCCAGUCAGACGGGUUGCUGUUGGGUCGCGGGGAAGGGGGAACGAGAGCGGCACGCCGCGCGGAAGGAAACGCCAGCUACCGCAGCGUGAGCAGGAACAGCAGGAAGAGGAUGAGGCUUUUGCGCUCGAAGAAGGUGACGACGUCAGAGGUGGC